AUGGUGGGCAUCUUCGGCCUGGCUCACAAGAACUCGCCGUCACGCGAACCUCGUCCCAAUAACACCAACAACGGCGCCAGACCGCCCCCGCCGCCGUACGAGCAGGGCGCGCAAGACCAUCAUGCGCCGGUGCUGGUCGCGACCACCACGACGCAGGUGACGACGACCACGACCGAAACCACGACCCACUUCUUCUCCCUCCCUCUCUGGCGCCGCCGCGGCGCGCAACCCCCCACCGAAUCCCCCACCGUCGCCGCCUCCCACGCUGACCCCCGAACGCCGAAACCGGACGAGGUCGGCGUGAUCAGUCUCAGCCGGACCGCCUCGUCGACGCCCAAUCUCCAGCUGCGGAACAAGGACCUGCCGCCGACGCCGCCGGGCUCGAGCGAGGGCGGGUCGCCGCAGCUCCAGCUCGGCCUCGCGGGCCCGAGCGGAUACGCCGCCGCCGCCGUCGCUGCAGGGCGGGUGUCCAGCUCGACGAUCGCGACUACGCCAGGCACGGAACACCACCAAUCCGUCUUGUUCCCCUCCCAGCUCGCCACUGCCCCGUCCAACGGCUCGACCACGCACGCGCUCGCGCGGGCAGCGUUGGGACUUGGACUGAUGCCCCAGCACGCCGCGUCCGCCUCUUCGUCAGAGGUACACACCGUCGCGUUCGCCACGCCCGACCCGUCAUCGUCGGCGGCGUCGGCACCGAAGGCCUACGAAGUUCGCCGGGCCAAGUCGUACGGCAAGCUCACGAAAACGGGUUCGUCGGCCGUAUCCUCCCCCGAUCCGCACGCGCAGCGGCGCUCCCGCGGCCUGUCGCUGGGCCCGUUCCACCUCGCGACGGGCGCGUUCACCGAAGGCAAGGGCAAGGAGCGGGAACGGGUCGCCGUGGACGACAGCGGCUCAGGUUCGCUGACGCCCCCCAAGGCGGUCUCCCGCAAGUCGUCCUUCUUCUCGCGCAAACGCUACGAUUCUGCUGCCGCCGCCCCGUCGCCGUCGCCGUCGCCGCGCACGCAGGAGGUGACGCUGAACGCUACGUUGCCCUCCCUGCAGCCCGUCUCGCCAUUCGACAUGGACCUCGGUCCGCAGCAAGCCGGCCCGUCCAGCCUGCGCCGGCGGCAUUCCGAGCGCAGCCAGGCGCACGCGUCGCCCGAAUCGUCCGCGCGCGCGACGAAACCCGAACCUGCUACCGUGCGACCUCGAACGCGCCGACCCUCCACCGCCGACAACGCGCGCCCUCGCUCCGCCUACGUCGACCCUUCCUCCCGCGCCACCGCCUCCGCGUCCCUCCUCGCGUCCCCCCCGCCCCUCCCCCACCUCUCCGCCCAAUCCCUGCUUCCGCCCUCUUCCUCGACCCCGCACGUGCUACCCUCUCCCCUCAGCGGCCCCGGUCCGAGUCGUAUACGGGCGAAGACCACGCCGUCGACCUCGAUACUUCCCCGGCUUUCGCUCAGCUUUUCCUCCAACUCGCAUCAGCAUCCUGCGCAACCGCCGUCCGGCGAGAGCUUCUUCGGCGGGCCGACGACGUCGUCGCCUGGACCGAGCGCAGCGCCGUCCCCGCGCCAGUCGUUCACGAAGAACGCGGCCGAGCUCAAGCCCAGGAUCGACGAGGAGUCGCCGGAGGUGUACCUCCAGCGGCUCACGGAGGCCGUCAACCGGGCGGAGAUCGCGUCCAUUUUGGCUGCCAGUGGCGACGAGUUCCACGCUCGCGCCUUGAGGGCUUACAUCGGGCGCUUCGACUUUGUCGGUGACCCUCUGGACAUCGCGCUGCGGAAGCUGCUGGUCGACGUCGGCUUGCCGCGAGAGACGCAGCAGAUCGACCGCGUCAUCGAAGCGUUCGCCGCGCGGUAUCUGCUCUGUAAUCCGGGCCUUUUCACGUCGGAAGAUCAUCCCUACAUCCUAGCUUUCAGUUUAAUCAUGUUGCACACGGACGCAUUCAACAAGUCGAAUAAACGCAAGAUGACCAAGGCCGAUUAUAUUAAGAACACCCGUCUUCCCGGAGUCGCACCUGAUGUACUCGACUAUUUCUACGAUAAUAUCGUAUUCGCCCCUUUUAUUUUCAUCGAAGACCCGCUGGACGUCAACGGCCAGCAAGGCGUCUUUACCGAGAGGACGGCCCUUCGAUCCAUGUCCAUUUUCGGCCCGCCGUCCGGGUUCAGUCCGAACGGGAGCAACCAAAAUGCGAGCAGUACCCUGCUGGGCAAGAAUAACAGGAUAGAUCCGUAUUACCUCAUUACCCGGAACCUCCUCGACCCUUUACGAGUCGACGUGGAGGCGUACGUGCCGCUGGAGAGCCCCUUCUCGUAUUCCGGAACGUCGGACAACUGGGACCACGAGGCGCUGCAGAGGGCGUUCGCCAAGGCGGGCCGGAUCGAGGUCGACGCGGGCGUCUCCCGCCCGGUCUCGAGCGCGUUUUUCGGGCUGGCCGUCGGCGGCGCGUCGACGCCUAUCAUGGGCGGCGGCGGGAGCCUCAGCCACACCUCGGGCGCGUUCCCGGAUAUCGCGCCGCCGUCGCGGGACGUGUGGACGCUGAAGGUGACGAAGAUCGGCGUGCUGUCCCGGAAGGACGACACGGUCGAGGGCGGGAAGAAGGCGUCGAACCGGAAGUGGAGGGAGUGGUGCGUGGUGUUGACGGGCUCGCAGCUGUUGUUUUUCCGGGAUCCGACGUGGGCGGCGGGCGUGCUGGCGGAGGCGACGGCGACGUCGGCGGACGGGCAGACGACCAUCUCGCAUGGGUCGAUGCUGCGUCCGGACGAGCUGUUGUCGGUGAAGGAUGCGGUGGCUGUCUUCGACCGGACAUAUACCAAGUACCCCAAUACGCUACGGUUUGUCAUGGCCGACGGCCGGCACAUACUACUGCAGACGUCGGACGAGACGCAGCUGAACGAAUGGAUCUCGCGGAUCAACUACGCCAGCGCGUUCAAGAGCGCGGGCGUGCGCAUGCGCGCUUUGGGCAUGACGGGCCAGGAGAUCGAGCUCACCGGGAUGGCCGCGGCCGCCUCGCAUCUCAAGGACCUGCACGGGCCAAAUCAUGCGGUGCCGGGAGUUCGGAGGUGGGGUCAAUCCGUCGACGAGACGGCCAACGGUCCACCCGUGCCCGGGUCACGGAGCGAUUCGUCUCUGCUUCCGAGCCCGACCAGCAUCCAUCUCACUACGGACCGUUUGGACCUCGAGGUGCCGGUCCCGAAUCAGGUCGAGAGCGCGACACAGUUCAAGGCGACCUUCGACCACGUCAAAGCCGACCUCGCCUCCGGGCGGUGGAUGCGGGCCGACGACGCCGCUUCCGUGGUGGGCGGACGUCCCCGGUCGUACAGCCUCGAGUCGACCUUGCCGUCGCCGACGACGGCGACGACGGCGGCGCACAGGAGUCGCAGCGGCACGUCGGGCAGCGGCUCGCGGCUGCCCUCGCGGGGCCAGAUCAUCCAGUCGAAGAUCAGGGACCUGGACUCGCGGCUGACGGCGACGCAGACGCAGCUCGACGCGGACAUGCGGCUGGUGCGCCAUAUCGCGGUGCUGACGCCGUUCCAGCAGAGCACCCGGGACCGCCUCCGGGCGACGGUGCAGGGCGCGGCGAAGAAGAUCGCGCUGCUGAGGCUGGAGCUGGAGAAGCUGGCGUGCCAUCGACAGGUGCUGGCGACGGACAUGUCGGCCGAGGUGCGCGACUGGCGGAGGACGAAGAAGCUGGCGUUGAGGGCGGCGACGGACUCGUUGCAGAGCCGGCUCGAGCGCGGCGUGCCGGAAAUCUCGAUACCGGCGGAGGAGCCGCCCGAGUCGUCGCCCGAGUCGUCGACACCGGAUAGGGAUUCGGCGGAGCUCACGCAUCGGCAUAGGGACUCGAACGUGACGGAUUCGUACCACUCGGCGAUCGACUACGGGGUGGAUUGGGCGUCGCGCAACUCGAGCGACGUUUCGGCUAACCCGUCGGGCAGCGGGAGCACGCUCGAGGUCGGACGGAUCGUCGAGUCGCCCGCGAUGACGCCGAGCACGAGCGACUCCCCGCUCGAGCUUUCCUUCACGAACGCUUCGCGUAAGCCUACGCUGGAGGCGUCGUCGUCUCCCGGCGCGUCGCCGGAACAGAGCAAGGCGUCUCUGGACGCCGGUAGCGCCGAGGGCGGUUUCUCGCACGAGAAGUUUUAUACCGCGAUGGAGACGACGCCGGAGCAGGCGGAAGAGUGGAACAAGACGAAGGCGGGCAAGCGCGUGUCGCUCGUCAAGCUCCCGACGGAUCUCCGGAUAUCGACCGUGUUUGGGGUGCGGUCCCGGGCGCGGUCCGAUAGCACCGCUGCUCCCUCGCGACGCGAUAGCGUGACGAGUGUUCAUGCUGCUGGUCGGCAAGGGGGUACCUCGUCUCCGAGCCCCAUGCCAUGAUGGACAUUUAGACUUUUCGUGGAGUCGCUAUCUACUCACUACUCCCUCUUGCAUGACGUUCUGUAUAUUUAAUGCGCUAUACUUAUCAACUGUACAUUGCUAUGGAUAUUGUCGCUUUCUUCUCGCCUACGAUGC